GUGCACUCCUCUAAGAACAUUAUCUGAAUCCUCUUCAAAUUACUUGAUGAUGACGGCCGUUGCAGUGGGACGACCUCACCUGGGAACAAUAGAAGACAGGUCCGGGUUAUCAGAUACACACUCGUCUAAAUCUUCAGGUCUCGGUAUUCAAUUGGGCAACGACCAAGAGUCAGACAACGAUUCCGAAGACGAAGAAUUUCUUUAUCCUGGUGCAGAGGCGCCGAAUUCAACGACUGAAGACAACGAACACGUCCCUACGCUACCUGCUCCGUCACCUGCUCAGCUUGAAGCACUCUUUGCAGCAGCUUCAUCAGGCAACCUGCCACUUCUAAAAAAGCUCUUUUCGACGGCACUUGAGCCAGGGAAUAUCGAAUUCUUUAGUUUAGCAAAUGUUGCAUCGUCGCGUACCGGUUUUACAACCCUGCAUGCGGCUGCUAGCCGAGGCCAUCUGGAUAUUGUCGUUUGGUGUACGCUCCAUUUCCAGUUGUUUCUUUGCUCGAAUCUGAUGGUCUGUUAGUGGUGGAAGAUUGUGGAGCCAUGCCAGACCUGGAAGAUAAGGAAGGAGAGGUGCGGAGCACUUGCUUUUCACACUGGUGGCACACUCACUCGUUUUA